AAAAAAAAAAAAAAAAAAAAAAAACACAAAUAGGCAUAAUAAGCUCUGAGCUCUGUCAUUCAUCCAGUGCCCAGUAUUUGCUACACUCGCUAACGCUGUCUCCUACUGCCCUGUUUAUUGCUGUCCUCCGCUGGAGGGAACGAUACUGUAAAUCAACAGUUUAUAAGAGCAUGCAACCAGGAAGUGAAAGUCAAAAGCUGCACAUCCAGAAAUCAAAGCCGAGCUCAUGAUUCACAUUUUUCCACGACUACUUCAAUAAAAACUCGCAGGGGUGUGAAGAGGACAGAUGUGGAGAACCCAGCGGCGAGUGUGGGGUGACCAGCCUCACCAGGGAUAAAGAAAUUCAGAUGGACAAAGAGAUACACUUUCCUUCUUAAAGGAACUGGCUUGUGCUUCCCCCACCCCCAGAAGCCACCAAUUGACAGAGUGGACAUCGGAUGACAGAACACAUAAACCCAACCCCUACCCCAAGAUUCUCAUCACAUCCCAAAGAAACAAGUGUCCGUUCUUCAAGGAAAAGGCUAAGAGUGCUAAGCAUUAGAAUCGACUAUCAUGGAGACCAAUGAUCACGGCACACCCCAGGAUGGAUCCACAACCUCCAGUAGUCAGAGGACCCCUGGGGAUCCUCUGUUGUUGAUUGAAGCUGUUAAAGAGGGAAAUGUUGAUAGAAUUGAGCAAUUGCUGCAAAGAGGAGCUGACGUCAAUGCCUGUGAAGACUUUGGGGGCUGGACACCUUUGCACAAUGCAGUGCAGCUUGGCAAGAUAGACAUUGUCCAUCUCCUGCUUCGUCAUGGAGCUGACCCUCAUCGGAGGAAGAAGAAUGGGGCUACUCCCUUCAUCAUCGCUGGGAUCAAUGGAGAUGUGAGACUGCUCCAGAUAUUCCUCUCCAAAGGAGCAGAUGUCAAUGAGUAUGACUCGAAUGGCUUCACAGCUUUCAUGGAAGCUGCAGAACAUGGUCAUGUUGAAGCCUUAAGAUUCCUUUUUGAUAAUAGAGCCAAUGUGAAUUUGAGACGAGAGACAACAGAGGACAAAAAGCGCAUGAAGAAAGGAGGAGCCACGGCUCUUAUGAGUGCUGCUGAAUAUGGCCACACAGAAGUCUUGAGUAUUCUCCUCAAUGACAUGGGGGCAGAAGUCAAUGCCAAGGACAAUAAGGGCAGAAAUGCCUUGAUCUGUACUCUGCGGGACCCAGAUGGUAAAAACGUGGAGGAGAUUACGCGCCUUCUGCUCCAACAUGGGGCUGAUGCUAAUGUGAGAGGAGAAGGAGGGAAGACACCUUUGAUCUUGGCAGUGGAAAGGCAAAAACAUAUAGGUUUGGUGCAGAUGAUACUGUGUCAGGAGGGAAUAAACAUUGAUGACAGAGAUAACCAGGACAAGACAGCCCUGCAAUUUGCUGUUGAACACAACCUGAACGAAAUUGUUCAGUUGCUGUGUGAUAAGGGAGCCAGUACCAAGUAUGGGGAUCUUGUUGGGAUAGCCAGGAGAAAUUACAACUCUUUCCUUGUAGAGUUUCUUCUCAGUCAUGGAGCUAAAGAUCAAACUGGCCCUCCUGAUGGAGGCUGGUCACCUCACAGUUCACGUUGGGGGAGAGCCUUGAGGAGACUCCGCAGUAUGCAUCGACCCAUGAUUGGAAAACUCAAGAUCUUUAUGGAUGAGGAAUUUAAAAUUGCUAGCACUUCUGAAGGGGCCAUCUACCUGGGGUUCUAUGACAAUCAAGAGACGGCUGUGAAGGUCUUCUCCGAGGAUAGCACACGUGCACGUAAGGAAGUCUCCUGUCUGCAGGGCUGCCGUGGCCACAGUAACAUCGUGACUUUCUAUGGAAGUGAGACCAGCAAGGACUGUUUUUAUGUGUGUGUGUCCCUGUGUGAGUGGACAUUGGAAGAGUUCCUGGACAAGCACAGAGAGGAACCCAUGGAGGACAGUGAAGAUACGUUUGCCCGCAAUGUACUAGUGUCUGUUUUUAGGGCUGUUCAAGGACUACACUUGCAAGGAUAUACCCAUCAGGAUCUGCAGCCCAAAAACAUCUUAAUAGAUUCCAAGGAAGCUGUUUUCCUGGCAGAUUUUGAUGAAAGCAUCCAGGGGAUGGGAGAGCCACAGAGCAUCAAGAACGACUUGGAGGCUCUUGGAUGGCUGGUCCUCUAUGUGGUAAAGAAAGGCGAUAUCCCCUUUGAGACACUGAAAACUCAAAAUAAUAAAAAGGUGGCUAAAACAUCUCCAGAUGAGGACACUAAGGACCUCAUUCAGUGCCUGUUUUCUCCUGGAAAGAAUGUAAAGAACUAUCUGGAGAACCUACUUGGUCAUCCUUUCUUUUGGACUUGGGAGAAGCGCUACAGAGUUCUUCGGGAUGUGGGGAACGAAUCUGACAUUAAAAAACCAAAAAAUAAAAGCAAUCUUCUCAAACUACUGCAGUCUGGAACACCUGAGCCUUCCAGAAGUUUCUAUCAAUGGAAAUCUAAGAUCGACAAAUCUGUUAUGAAAGAAAUGGAUGAUUUCUAUAUACCACGCAAAAUGCCUUAUAAGAACACUGUGGGCGAUCUACUAAAGUUCAUUCGGAAUAUAGGAGAACACAUCAAUGAGGACAAAAACAAGCAUAUGAAGGAGAAAUUUGGAGACCCUUGUCAUUAUUUUCAGAAGACAUUUCCAGAUCUUGCAAUCUAUGUCUACAACAAAUUAAAGGAUACAGAAUACAACAAGCAUUUUUCUCAGCCUCAACCAAGCCUCAGUGUGCCUGAGGCAGUGGGACGGCAGAGCUGAGUCUUGCAAGUUCAAGGAACCGAUUUUUAAUGUGUAUAGUUCUUGGCAAGUUACAUAUCUCUGAUCUCUUAAGUAAUCUGGUUGCUUGUGAGGGCUGAGUUAGAGAGUCAGCGUGUCAGCUUCCGAUACACUGUUCUACCCAAUCACAAAAUCAGUGUACUACACAAC